CGAGUAUCGCGUUAUGCACCAUCGGAAUCAAGAACUGUGCCACGACGUUCGGCAAAAAUGUUCCCAACCUUUGGCAAACGAAUGCAGCGCAGAACGCAUCAUGCAACACAACGCAAUGAAUUUCCAUCAGAGACGGUUGGAAGCAGAAAGUGGAGAGUCAUCAGCGGGAUCAGCUGUACUAUCUCAGCAGGGUACGAAUCCGACAACAUCUUUAUCACAGGAAAAACCGACAACAUCACAGGGAAGUGAUGCGGCUGCAAGCAGUUUUGUGGAAGGGAGUGCUGGUCCUGUUUCUACAGCAUCGAGCGCUUCAUCUGCUGGUGCUACUUCAGCCACUUCAACGGGAGCUUCUGCUCCGGCAUCUUCAACGGGAGCUUCUUCAGCCACUUCAACGGGAACUUCUUCAGCCACUUCAACAGGCGCUUCGCCCGCCACAGGAGUCGAAGCCGCUAGUGCGACCAGUGAUAGUAUGGGGGCAACUGGCAGCGUUAGUGGUGUGGAGGUGAAGAACAAAUUAGUGGCUGAUCAAGCACAAGCAUCGAGUCCUGCUUCAGCUUUAUGGCAGAUCAGGAGGGCUUAGUUUUUCAAUAUAAGUACAUAGUUUUCAUCAUGAACAAAAUCAAAAUGAAAUUGAGAACUUCUUAGAAAUAAGAAGGGAUUCCUUUAUCGGCUCCACCCAGGAUUUCUCCAGAAGUUAGUAACAGACUACCUCUUCUCCAACGCGUAUUCUCCAAUGCGUUCUUAGCCAUCUCCUGCUCUUCUCAAAAUUUCCAUCCCCUGCUCUUCUAACACGGUCCUCUCCGUCCACUGCUGCUAGCGUACUAGGACAGUCGCGUCUUUCAGCAAAUACAACUCGCGAAGACGAAGGUCAGCCAUACAAGUGGGUAGCUUGGCCGUUGCAGCGUGAGUGCCUGCGGAAACUCCCAAAGUUAUGUUUAUACCGUAUGACGCGGUGACGCGGUGAAACGUCGUAACAGAGUGUGUUAGCAACAAGUGGUCCAAGAGAGGCUUGCUUUUUGGCGGUUGUUUUAAAACAAUCAAUCAAUUUAGACGUGCUUCUUCUCGUUCCAACAUUUUCUAAGUAACUCAAAAGUUGGUGAUGAAUGCCGCGCUGCGCUCUUUCACGCCGAUAUGCGCACUGCCUCUAGUGGUUUUUUCAGAAACAACUUGAGGUCGCUCAGCCAUGACAAAGAUAGCAUCGAUGAUCACGACGGUGAAGACGACAUCAAAGAACUAUACGAAGACUAUAAUGAUUUUGAUUAUGAAGACGAAAACUACAACAAUGGUGAUGAAAACGACAUCAACAAAAACUACAACAAGGGUGAAAACAACAUCGACGAAAACAACAACAAUGCUGAUAAAGACGACAUCAACAAAAACUACAACAGUCAAGACGAUAUCUUCCACAAAAACUUCGAGAAGACUCGUUACAAUGAGAACCCUGGUGCUGGUGCGUCACGUCGGACGCAAGAUAUCACUGGUAGUAGUACACUUACAGCAACACCGAAUGCGCAGCAGACACCAAGUGCUUCCCAAGGUGAUCGCAGCUUAGACAUGCAUCCUUUGUUAGCGGCUAGAUGCUCCGAGGACCUCAAAAGACGAUGCUCCUUUUGGUUAUGCUAGAAGGUGUGACACAGUUCCUUUAAAAUCGUAUCCGGCGUUUUUGUAGAUCAUGGCGCUCUUGUUUAUAGGCUAUUGCCCUGCUGUGCAGUUGUAGUUGUAGAACGUUGUAUGCUUGUACACCAAAUUGAGAGGAAUUUUUGUUCAACACGAGAUAUUCUUGCUUCUAACAGAAAGUAACAAGUUGCAGUGUUUGCAGAUGAUGAUGAACCGGGAUGUACGGGCUCAGGCGGCGGAAUUUCACGCGAUCAAGAUGUUAAGGCUACCGCUGGAGCAUCCUCAGCAUGAUCAUCCCUGGCUGCUGUUCUACUUGAAAAAGAAGCCCUCAUCCAACAUUUAUUAGUUAUGAAUAAGUGACACUUACGCGAUCCCGAUAUUAGCUCUAAAGAUGGGAAAUUCGACUUCACCUAACCUAGGAUGGUUUUCCAAAAGCCAAAUGCGGACGAGUGGACAAUCUUCGGCUUUGAGUACAAACCAAACGAGAAACUUGUGGGACGGGUUUAUGACAAUUUUCAGUGCUGCACGACACGGCUCGAACAACGAAGUUGAUAUAUUCACUCCGAAAAAGACUUGGAUGUCCCCACAUCGUGGAGGUCGGAGCCUUGCUGAAACAUCUCCGGUAUCAACGACUGCGGCUCAUGCAGGUGACGAUGAGGGGAGUGUAGCGUCUAAGGAAGGUCGGGCAACGUCUCUGGCUUACAAGCCCAAGCGCGGAUUCAAACCACAGUUUGAGAUGAUGCUAUGGCUGUGCCAGAUCUAAAUAUUUGAUGGACAAAGUCGAAAUCCUUUUGGAAAAUUCGAGAGAUCUUCAACUUCUUCAACCUUGAAGUGAACUAGAGAUACAAGAGAGAAGAUGCCUGUUUUUUUCUCUAAUACCCUUAUCCGACGCUUGCAGAGCUCAAGUGCGUACCACCUUGCGAUCGCAGCUGGCUGAUGUCCGGCUGAACCCAGAGAUCGGUACCAAGUGUAAGGGUGACAUCGACAUCCUGUGCAGUGCAGCAUUUAAACAAACCGAGGCUUCGAACCUGGCAAGUUACGGUUUUCUAGAUAGAAGAAUAGACGCAGGUUCUUUUGUAAAUUUUUUGAGAGAAUAUCAAGUAGGUCAUGGCGACGUCACAACAAGUUCAUUCCGUCGUGCACAUUAACAACAGUCUUCUUGUAGCAGUUUGCGGUGUACAGUAGUAACUAACGAUCAAGAGGAACAAGAGCAGAGUAACAAGAGCAGAGUAACAAUUGGAGACUCUACAUGAACAUGAAGAUGAACCAUUCACAACAAAUUUCAAUCGCAUUUUCACUCAUCGACCUCUUCGUCUUCCUCCCCCUCUUACCUUCUCUCCCACUGAAGCUUUGCCUUCAUUUUUUAAGCUGGACAGCACUUCAUCUUUUUACCUAGUGCAGUUCUAAUCCACUGGACAAACCAUGCACUGCCUCCGACAGCGAUAUUUCGAGAUACAGUCACAGGAUUGCGUCGACGUUUUCCGAACUGCCAUGGAGACUUUUCAACUAGACUGGGCCAGUGACACGGUCACUAAACAAGCGUGUAAAGCGGAUCGGCAACUCUUCUGCCCUUUCUUGAAAUUAUGGUUGGAGAGUUUCACAUAUAGAGGAUGCAUGUGGACGAGCAAUGCGACUGGUUGGAGAGUUUCACAUGAGUAUAGAGUUUUUGGCAAGAUGGAUAGUGCUUCUAGCUGGUGCAAUUCUUGUCCGGGAGGAAAGAAUCAUGAACCAUAUAAUGGAGAAGCUCUCUCACGAACCAGGGAUCAUCCUCACCUCAAGGGUAUUCAUUAACGGCGAAGGUUUAGGUCCAGCGACGCUCAAAGCACUAAAUAUUAAAACAGCCGGUUAGUUUUUACCUCUACAAUUCUAGGCUUACCCCGUGCAACAAUACCUCUACAAACUUCGGCUUAUCCCGUGCAACAAUAUAGUCAGCAUUUACAACAUCUUCACACUCUAAUCCGUCCUUUCCUGGUACAUCAGUGUCUACAAGAGCAUAUUGAUGAAUUGGGCGUGGAAUGCCAGAAGCAAGAGUUCAUGGUCUCGACAGUAGCCCAAAUCGAUCCAAAGAGUUUCAACCCGUAUUUGUCGAGGAUGUGCCUCUUGGAUAUGGACCGUUUCUGUCCGGAUGAUGGUACUUAUACUUAUUUGAUUUUCUAUCUUGAUCUUGUAGUAGAAUUAGACUUCUAGCUCUUUGUCACAUCUAGCAGCUACUGAAAGGAACGGGGUGGAGGUAGAAAAAAGUAGUGGAUCAUAAAGAGACCGCAUGGCUAUACGUGUGAUUGUGAUUGAUAAAGCGAAGCAUACUUGAGUUUCACGUUUCUUCAUGUCCCCUCUAUUAGACCAAUGGGAUAAAAAAAGAAAACUAUCUUAUAAAAACCUGGCAAAACCACAUGAAUCCGCAACACCCUACUCAGGUACAAACGACCGAUCCCUCACCUGCUUGCGCAAGGUCCCACCGACUAGUCUUCACACUUCUUGCUCUGUAGCAAUGCGAAAUAAUGAACUGAGGACAGGACAAGACUACAGACUGAAAUUCGGCGUAACUAAUGCUUGCGAUCACGAGAUGCACAAGUAUUGCAAAACGGAAGUUGCAUUAGCUAAGCCCGAAGGGAAAGUGCUGCAAUGCCUGAUACAGAACAAGGACACGAUUUAUGAUGAAAGAAUUCCUGCAAUUGUUCUCGUCUGACUUUAUAUAUACAACUGCAGCUGUGGAUUUCGUUGGUGGUAAUUACGAAAUAUCUAGAAUAUUUUUACUCAUUCGGAUACUUUUACUUUCGUAAAAAUAUACCAGCACGACCUGGCGACAUAUUGUUCCUGUCUCGAAAAAGUUAAAGUAUCGAUAAAUGAAUUCAUCAUGAUGAUUUUGCCAGGUUGUUAAUGGUACUGUAGCUUUCCCUCCAGGUACUUGCGCUUACCUGUUUUCAUUCUUAUCUGGUAGGUGGCUUAUCAUGUAAUAUGUCUCUAACCCGACCAAACGCAAGCCCGGCAACAAGGAGGCGCCUUGGACGGGAAUAUCAAAUGUGCGGAAGAGGUGGUUGCUUUAGCCACCCAGAUGGCUAGGAAUGUUGGCGCCGGUCGUGUGAUCAAGCUGGCCUGUGCAGAGGACAUCAAGCAGAAGUGUGCGACUAUUACACCAGGCAGUGGAGCAAUACACGACUGCCUUGUUGACAAUCUAUCGUCCCUAAGCGAGGAGUGUGCCAAAGAGGAGAUGGCGUUGCAAUCGGCGUUGGCAGGAAGACUAGCAGGGCAUCCGACACUACAAAGCUGCUGUGAGAGCGACGCGCAGAAACUCUGUUCGGUGCCGGAUGAAGAUUAAGACGAGCAAGGACAUAACCAUAAAAUAAUGUAGGUGCUGGUCUGGAAGAAAGAGAAACCUCCACUCGCAAGUGAAAAUUUUUCGAUCUGUCGAUGUAGUAUAAAUUUUACUAAUUAUUUACAACGUAUACGUAUCGAAAAAGGAUCAGUCUUACCUUCAAGCGUUACCACUGCAACCAGAAUUGCUCUCCUCGUCCUCUCAUGAGCAAGACACUUCAAAUCUUCUUCAUCAAAUGUAAGCUAUAAAGUAGUCAACACUCGUACAUCAAGGGGAACAACUUAUAACCAUUAUCUAAGCUAAAGGUAAAAGAAUCGCGUGCCUGGUCAAGAAACGCAAAGAAGCUAGCUGGCGGUGUCGUCAAUGCUUACAACGCCACGUAAAGAGACAAAACAGAGACUUCAGAUUGAAUCCGGUACUGAAAAAGGAAUGCGCACCAGAUAUCAAGGAGCACUGUAAGAAAGCUGAAGCAGAUCAGAAGCUCUUACCAGGAACUGGCCAAGUCAUCCAGUGUCUCAUUGACAAAAGGGAAACGAUAGGUACUUUUUUGUGUCUGAUUGACAAAAGGGAAACGAUAGGUACUUUUUUUUGAUCGAUUCCUCUAUAGUAUCGUGGCAAUGAUUGUUUGGUGUUUAGACCACAAGUAUUUCAUUUUUUCGCCAAGAUGAGAGACACAGAUGUCAACAUAUUGUGGUCUCGAUUACACCUCUCAAAUCCAAACUAACACUCUCACUACGACACUCUGUUGCAAGCAAAAAGUUCUCCGCUCCAAACACUCUCAGCAAAAUCCUCUCCCGGAUGCUUCAAAGCUGUCCAGAUGAAGAUUCGCCAGCGUGCGGAUGAUUACCGAGUCGCCCCCUUCUUCCACACCAGCUGCGAGGAAGACGUCCUACGGUUUUGCAAAGACGUAAAGCCUGGUAGCGGUCGCGUGCACACGUGCUUACAUUAUGAGACGGGUUCUGGUGUAGUUUGAUAAAGUGAUUGUUUUGAUGCUUUCAGCGUGUACAUGUUCUUGUCUAUGCCUCUGAAAAGACAACGAGGUCUUGUUUCUUGCUUACCACUGCUUAAAAAUUACGAUCAACAUGGCAUCACGAACAGGGAAACCUAGUUGUACAACUCAAAACUUACUCACUGAUAACUCUAGGACUGAAGACCAACCACGCGGAGUAUCCUCUACUUUCUCUAACUCCAGAAGAAUUUCAGCCUAUUGACUCCACAGUGCAAGGCUUUGGAAUUCCGCAGCCAAAUUGAGACGGAUCCCGGCAACGACCCACAAAUCCGAUUGUACUGUAAGAGUGCCUUUGAGAAACCUGGGUCGAAGUGCUUCCUUUCAAGCAAGGAGAACCGACUCUACCAAUGCUUAGAUCGAAUUCGCGAAGACACGGAGGUUAUCAAUAUUAUGACCCUCGACGACGUGGUUCUCCCUUCAUGACAAAUAAACCGGGUAAGUAGUAGCACAACUAUAAUGUGUAAUCAAAAUCAAUGUACUAUAGAGAUACCGAGAUUGUUAUAGUAGGAAGUUUCUAUUUCUUCUUCAAGCUGUGAAAGUGAAAGAAGGAAAAGAAACUUCAAACAUGUACUUUUAGUUGACUUUAGUCGUUAUAUAUUAGAGUAGUUUAUAGAACGGAUGUAGGAUGGACUUGGAUGGAUCGGAUGGACCCCCCUGAUUCUUCCGAUCCUACUUGAAAUGGUGGAAAGUCCAUCCGAUCCAUCCACCGAUCCAUCCCAUCCCGGGUCUGGCACCCCUAUAAAUUGCUCUAGUAUAAUAUAAUUCCUAAAUUUCUAAUUCCCAAGAUUGCCUUCAGGCGAUUCAGAGGUUGGGUGCAAAGCGCGGAAGGUCGAUGUAUUUCAAUAGACAAGUUUUGAACCGGUGUCAGGCAGAUUUAGCACAUUUCGUAAGCAGCGGAAAGUGCGAGGGAGGAACCCUACCGCUGAGCCCGCUAGAACAAAAAGCUCCACCUCUAGUACGGUCUCUAGAUGGUAGUAGGUCCUCUGUGGACGAUGACCAGGCUCUGCUAGAACAAGACCAGUCUCUGGGCUACCACGACAAAGAAGGGGACGAAGUUGACGAGGAUAUAGCGCUUAGGUUGACUUUUGGGGAUGAUGAAGUUAUGGAUUUCAUGAUGUUGAAGAUGACAACCACAGGCUGUUUUUUGUUUGGGAAAAGCUACUUAAUAGAAGAUAUGUUGAGUUCUACAGUAAAAUGGAUGUGAGGGAGGUCAUCUUGUCAACACCAAACCACUCGCGUAGACACAGACUGCUGCUAUUUCCCCAAUCUUGAUGUGCAACUUCAAACGAAUUUCUGAUUGAUAGCUCUAACAGCCUCCUCCACAAGCGCAUUAGAAGCAGAAGCAUCCAAGCAACCGGUCCAACAGCGCCAAUCAAUCCAGCGAGGUCGUCUACAUCACCGACCCAAGCUGCGGAAGUAAGGACCGCUGCGUUGCAGAAAUUGGGUGGCACUUCUCCAAUAGUGACUAAGGUUGGCAAGACCUUUCAGGUUGACCUUUCCGCUGAUGUCUCCGGUCAAAGAAUGAGAUGUCUUUUAUGAAUGGUGUCCUUCUUCCAUAUGGCUAGAAGUCAAAGAAUGAGAUGUCUUUUGUGAAUGGUGUCCUUCUUCUAUAUGGCUAGUAGAAGACCUGGGUGAUUUCCGCUCGAAUCGAGCUAUCGCGGCGCCCCUUGAUUUAAAGGGAAAGCGCGAUAGAUCAGGACGCGACAGUACGAGAUCCAGGAAAUUUUAGCAUUCGCCUUCAUCACACUGAAUUGAAUGUCUACAACGGAGGUGAACCGUUCGUGUACUUAUUGUACCAUUUAAUAUGGUAAUCACUCUCUAGCGUGUUGCCCUUCAAAGAAAAUAUGGUAAUCACUUUGUUGUUCGGCGUUGUUUUCGUAGUCGUAUCACUACCAUUCACCUCCACUCUCUAACCCUCGUUGA